AUGGCUGCGAUGGCUGACAAUACAAGCAGAAUGUCUAUUUUCAUCCCCUUAACCACAGCAGAAGAUUUGAUCAGAUUAGCCGGUUCAGAUGGGUAUUGCUCUGGAAGAGUUGAAAUAUACCACAACGGCACCUGGGGAACAGUCUGUGAUGAUGGCUGGGAUGUGAAAGAUGCAGAGGUAGUCUGCAGACAGUUAGGCUGUGGACAGUUGUUGGAUAUUCCUCCACCAGGCUACUUUGCUCAAGGCUAUGGACCGAUCUGGAUUGAUGAUGUGAACUGCAGAGGGAGUGAAACUUCUCUUCUCACAUGUUGGCACCAAGGAUUUGGAACACAUGACUGUGAACACUACGAGGAUGCUGGCGUCAUUUGUUCAUUCGGCAAUAAUGGGUUCGACAUGAAUGCUGCUAAUGUGGCCUGCAGACAGAUGGGCUGUGGUCCAGCGUCAUCGAUCUAUCGCUACGACUCCUCCAAGAGUUAUUUUUAUGAAAUGAUCUGUUCAGGAAAUGAAAGUUCUCUAACAGAAUGUCUGAACGGUUACUCGGUCAGAUUGGUUGGGCCAUCCCGGUGCUCUGGAUGGGUUGAAAUCUAUUUCAGUGAUACCUGGGGAACUGUGUGUGAUAAUGGCUGGGAUAUAAAUGAUGCUCAGGUGGUCUGUAGUCAGUUAGGCUGUGGUACAGCACUGGCUGCCCCUCACUCUGCCUACUUUGGAAAAGGAAUGGAUAAAAUCUGGGUUGAUAAUGUGGCCUCUGGUCUGAUACGAUUAGUCGGACCAAACAGGUGUUCUGGAAGAGUUGAAAUCUACAACAAUGGAUCUUGGGGAACAGUCUGCAAUGUGAGCAAAGACCUAAAAGAUGCCAGAGUAUUCUGCAGACAGCUAGGCUGUGGUAUGGCACUGGGUCUCCUUCACUUUGGAGAGGGAGCAGGGCAGAUCUGGCUGGAUGAUGUGGCCUAUAGUCUGAUUAGAUUAGCAGGAUCAAAUGCAUCAUGUUCUGGAAGAGUUGAAAUAUACCACAAUGAUACCUGGGGAACAGUCUGUGAUGAUGGUUGGGACCUAAAUGAUGCUGAGGUGGCCUGCAGACAGCUAGGCUGUGGUCCUGCUUUGGGUGUUCCUAGGUCUGCCUACUUUGGUCAAGGGACGGGACAAAUCUGGCUUGAUAAUCUGGUCUGUUCAGGAAAUGAAACUUCUCUUGGCAUAUGUAGGCACAGUGGAUUUGGGACUCAUAAUUGUGUUCACGGCGAGGAUGCUGGUGUCAUCUGUUCAAGUGGCAACAUCAAAUUGGUUGGUCCAGUUCUGUGCUCUGGAAGAGUUGAAAUCUACAACAAUGGAACCUGGGGAACAGUAUGCAAUGAUAACUGGGACAUAAAUGAUGCUAGAGUGGUCUGCAGACAGCUAGGCUGUGGUACAGCAGUGAGUGUCCGUCAGUUUCAACAAGGAACAGGACAAAUCUGGCUUGAUGAGUCAGGAUGCUGGCGUCAACUGUUCAGACUAAGUGAUGCAGAGCGCAAUUAUGAUGUCGGUGACAAGGAACUGUUAGCCAUUAAAUUGGCUCUGGAGGAGUGGCGUCAUUGGCUUGAGGGAGCCUGUUUACCUGUCAUUGUGUGGACUGAUCAUAAGAACCUGGCCUACUUACAAGCUGCUAAGCGACUCAAUCCCCGUCAGUCUCGCUGGUCCUUAUUUUUCUCCCGCUUUAAUCUGGCUAUUUCCUAUCGCCCAGGGUCUAAGAAUACUAAACCUGAUGCUCUGUCCCGUCAGUUUUCUGCUGAUGAGGUUGAACUUAAACCGGUCUCCAUUCUGCCUUCUAGCUGGACGGUGGGUUCUCUUAGGUGGGAGAUUGAGGACUUUGUUACCCGCGCUCAGCGGGAGGAACCUGAUCCAGGCACUGGUCCACAAGACAAGAUUUUUGUUCCCACCAUUGCCCGUUCUCGUGUCAUCCAUUGGCACCACUCUGCUAAGUUUUCUGCUCAUCCUGGGCUGUUUGGAACUCCACUGUCCGGGCCCUUCAGCGGACUGCUGAACUCAACAAACGUUUUGCUGACAGAAGACGUCGACCAGCUCCUGUUUACCGCCCAGGGCAACAAGUCUGGUUAUCCACCCAUGACACUCCUCUAA